AUUAGGAUUGUGUUUUGAUUGUGUGUGACCAGAUUUGAGAAGGUAGAAUACGAAAUUACAGAAAUUUACAGUAAAAAUGUUUUGAUAAGUGAUUGAAAUAACAUAGUUUGAUUCCUUGUAAAGCAGUUGCAAAGGCUGAUUCACGAAACAUGGAAUGCGUCGAGGAAAGCACGUCAAAAAUAGAAUGUCGACUGUGUUUGGAAACGCUAAUCGAAUUCAAGUGGUCUAUCCAGCAGCCAGAUCUCAGGGAAAAACUGCACCAGAUAUUUCGUUUUACUAUCGACAUUCAGUCUGGUUUCUCUUCUCACAUUUGUAAUGCGUGCUUGACGAUCAUCGAAGAUUUCCAUCAGUACACUGAGCGGGUUCAAAGCAAUCAGGAAAUACUUGCUGCACGUCUAAAAUUUCCAAUAGCUCAACAGAAUACGAUCAAAUUUGAAGCACAGGAACUGGAUAUCAAACAUGAUGAAUAUGACAACGACAAAUAUGAUGAUACGGUCGAUAACGUUGGUAAUGAUUGGAUAGAUGAAGUUCAAACAUUUGCCGUGCUCGAGGUAAAAGGGGAACCACAUGCUAAGCGAAGCAGCAGAUCUCAGAGGAAAGCAACGUUGAAUAAUACCGAAGCAAAACAGGAAACGAAGCAAAGAAGAACCAACACACGAAGAAGUGGAAGUAAGUUAAAGGUAGAACAGGAAGAUGAACAAAUCGAAUCAGCGGACUGCUUAUCAAAAAGUAGCGCAGGAGACGAUGAUUCAAUGGAAGAUGAAGAAGAUUAUCAGCCUGAACAAAAGAAGCAAAGAAAGACCACUGCACGCAGGUGCAAAAGUGGGCAAAACUUAGAAAAUGGCGAACAAAACGCAUCGAAAAAGCUGAAAAAGCAAACAAAGAAACCCGACCAAUCUGUCCGAGAUGAAUGGCAAGAGGACAUCAUGCGCAUAGAGCAAUUCUAUGACAUGGUUUGCGAUCUGUGUGGUGACACGUUGGACGAUUUACUCUCACUGAGGAAACACUUUCGGAGUGAACAUGGCAUGGCAGCAUACAUCAAGUGUUGCAACAAAAAACUAAUGAGAAGGGGAACCAUGGUCGAUCACAUCGUAGUCCAUGCAAACCCAGAGACGUACCGGUGUGAUAUAUGUGAUAAAACAUUCAAAGGCAAACGAUACAUAACGGAGCAUCUGGAAAAUGUCCACGGAAGUAUCGAGAAGCGACCGUACAAGUGCGAACAAUGUGACCGAUAUUUUGCUAAAGAAUCGCUACUUCGAACGCAUAUUUCUAAUCACAGGAAGGUGCAUUGUUCGCAGUGUAACAAGGAGUUCCCCAAUACACGCUUUUUAAAAGAACACUUGAAGACAGUGCAUGACAACGCGCAUCUGACCAGAGUUUGCGAUCGAUGUGGAAAAUCGUUCUCGGGACCGAGCGCCCGCAGCGGGCUCAAGCAGCACAUUGACGGAGUGCACAUGGGUCUAGGCGACAAAACCAAACGCCAGUGUUCUAUCUGCCAGAAGUGGUUGCUGGGAAAACGAUGCCUAACGGUGCAUAUGCAGCUGCACAGCGAGAUGGGUCAGCCGCACAUCUGCAACAUUUGCAACCAGAACUAUCCGCAUUCGAGGGCGCUGACCCGGCACAAGCGUUUCGUGCACGGGGAACAAAAGUAUGAGUGCGAGUUUUGCGGCAAAAAAUUUCGAAAAUCAGUGGCUCUGAAGGAACAUCGAGCAACUCACACGGGAGAGGCGCUAUAUACGUGUAAGAUAUGUGGAUCGACGACUAAUUCCAACGCGAGCUAUUAUUCACACAUGAAGAAACAGCACCCUAUUGAAUGGGCGGAGCAAAAAUUGAAAGCAGAAGAAGCGAACAGACCAACUACCGAGCAAACCACAAUUUGAGAUGUAGCGAGAACUUGAAUGCGUAAGAUUGAUAUAGAGA